AUGGGCUCGCCCAGCCGCCUGAGCCGGGCCCGCACGGCGUUGUCAUUGGUGGGGACGGCUAAGGCGGCUGCCCGGCGCUUCAUGAGAAGUUCCUGCACAGCUUUCUCCUGCCUUUCCUUAUCCACCUUGCUUUCCUCCGACACUUGGUAUCUCUGGGACGACUCAUCGGAAUCGGGAUCGGAAUCGGAAUCUCCGGGUUUAGAGUCUCCACCAUUCUGUGGCCGGAGGACGGGUAACGGAGCUAAUGGUCUUGGAAUAGGGGCAAUAGGGGGUAUGAGGGGGGUUGUGAUGACAGGCGGGAUUAAGGGCUGA